UCAAGUGAUGUAUGCGUGGUGCCGCUGAGGCCGAGUUUGGUGUGAAUUGCGGUUGGGAUUGUGCUGUAGGCCCCGAAAUGGCAGCGGCUGCGCCGGCCGCUGAUAGCGGCUCCUCCCGCCGUUGCCUCGCCACACAAUACUUCAACGAGGAAGAGAAUAAUGCGAUCGAGAGUCUGACAACCAGUGAGAGGGUAGUGGAUCUGCUGAAUCAGGCUGCUCUCAUUGUUACCGACAACAAAAUCACAAUUCUCAAACAGGUUCAGGAGCUGAUUGUCAAUAAGGAUCCCACACUCCUUGACAACUUCCUAGAUGAAAUGAUUGCAUUUCAGUCAGAUAAGUGGAUUGAUGUUCGUAAAUUUGUGAUUGGAUUCAUGGAGGAGGCAUGUAAGCGUGACAAUGAGCUGCUGCCGAAACUAAUUGCCAACCUCAACAUGUUGCUGAAGGAUGAGAACGUCAAUGUGGUGAAGAAGGUCAUUUUGACCAUGACACAGCUGUACAAGGUGGCACUGCAGUGGAUAGUAAAGUCAAAAAUCAUCAGUGAAAUGGAGGAGGCAUGCUGGGAUAUGGUUAGCGCCAUGAAAGAUGACAUCGUCAUGAUGCUGGAUUCUGAUAAUGAUGGAAUCCGGACUCACGCCAUCAAGUUCAUUGAGAGUUUGAUCAUCACCCUGUCACCUCGCACACCUGAUUCUGAUGUUCCACGACGGCAGGAGAAUGACAUUAGUCUGGAUCGCAUUGUGAAAGACCACCCUUUCAUUAAAGCAUGUGCACUUCAGGAAGAAGGCAAAAUGGCACUGGAUCACCUCUUGAAAUUUAUGGUUCACCCUGCCAUCUCCAGUAUCAACCUUACAGCUGCCCUGGGUUCUUUGGCAACCAUUGCUCGGCAACGGCCCAUGUACAUGUCUGAAGUGAUUCAAGCAUACGAGACUCUUCAUGCCAACCUGCCGCCGACGCUGGCGAAGUCGCAGGUCAGCAGUGUACGAAAGAACUUGAAGCUGCACUUACUGAGCGUCCUUAAGCAUCCAUCCUCUGUUGAAUUCCAUGCACAAAUCACUACGCUUCUGCUGGACCUCGGCACACAGCAGCAGGAGAUCGCUCGCAACAUGCCCAACCUGAAAGAUAUGCGGAAACGUCACCGCGAGGAGACUGACCAGGGCCUCAAGAAAAUCAAAAUAGAACCUUUAGGAGAAGAUGAUGAAGACAAAGAUCUUGAGCAAGCGUCAGUUUCCACUGUUAAACCGUCAUCGUCCCAGAACACACAGUCUGCCAUUGACGUCACGGCACAGUUUCUCAUGCCUCUACUCUCGCCAGAGAAUGUGGCGAAUUUGGUUCUGAUCAGCAUGGUUUAUUUACCUGAUGUGAUGCCAGCCUCCUUCCAGGCUACCUAUACCCCUGUGGAGUCAGCAGGAACAGAUGCACAGAUUAAACAUUUAGCCCGACUCAUGGCCACACAGAUGACAUCAGCAGGCCUUGGUCCAGGUGUUGACCAGAUAAAACUUCAGGCAGAUGAAGACAUGAAACAAGGGAAAGAUGGUAAAUCUGACAUUAGACGACGUUACUCCAUGAUGCGGGGGCAAGGCCAAGCUAUCUCUGUUGUUGGGGCACCUGUUCACUUCUCACAAGAGGAGACGCAAACAAAGAGACGACCAGAGCCUAUUAUGCCUUCAAAUCAGUCCAGUUUCAGGCCGAUGGGACAGAGUGGGCGAAAGAAGGUUUUUCGUCUGGGUGACGUGGUGCAGCAAUUGCCUGCAGAUAAGAUAGAUAAGCUGAAAAUUGGUGCCCUGAAGCGCAUCCUGAACUCUGAGAAAGCAGUGGCACGAGGUGGAGCUGGUCCGAUCCGUGUGAAGAUCCUGGCACGUCUUGUGACGCAGUUUGAUGGGAGAAUGAAAGUCGAGAUGCUGGAUUUCAUCCUUGAGGAUAUCCGAAACCGUGUCGACCUUGCAUUUGCAUGGCUUUACCAAGAGUAUAACCUGUAUCUCAGCCAAUGGCCCAGUGGCAGUCUUGAGAAUUAUGAUGAGUGUCUGACUAGCCUAUUGUCCGGCCUGCAGGAGAAACCAGACCAGAAGGACGGGCUGUUUACAAAGCUGGUCCUGGAGGCUCCAUCUAUAACUGACAAUGCAUUAGAAGUGAUCCGGAGGUAUUGUGAGGAUGAGACUCGGAUCUACCUGGGAAUGUCGACACUGAGAGAUCUGGUCUUCAAACGCCCCUCGAAACAGCUACAGUACCUUCAUGUGCUACUUGAUCUGAGCUCCCACGAGAAGGACAAGGUCCGUUCACAGGCAUUGAUGUUCAUUAAAAGAAUGUAUGAGAAAGAGCAGCUGCGUGACUACAUUGAGAAGUUUGCCCUGAAUUAUUUGCAACUGCUGGUGCACCCCAAUCCGCCUUCCAUUCUCUUUGGGGCUGACAAAGAUACAGAGGUGGCAGCUCCUUGGACAGAAGAGACGGUGAAACAGUGCCUGUAUUUGUACCUUGCUUUACUUCCCCAGAACCAUAAACUCAUCCACGAGCUUGCUGCUGUCUACACAGAGGCCAUUGCUGACAUCAAGCGCACUGUACUGCGUGUCAUUGAGCAACCGAUUCGAGGAAUGGGAAUGAAUUCUCCUGAGCUUCUACUGUUGGUGGAGAACUGUCCCAAAGGUGCUGAAACCCUUGUGACCCGCUGCCUGCACAUUUUAACAGACAAAGUUCCUCCGUCACCGGAGCUGGUGAAACGAGUCCGUGAUCUCUACCACAAGAGGGUUCCAGAUGUCAGAUUUCUGAUCCCGGUGCUGAAUGGCCUUGAGAAGAAAGAAGUAAUCCAGGCACUGCCCAAAUUAAUCAAACUGAAUCCCAUUGUGGUGAAGGAGGUCUUUAACCGGCUUCUGGGAACUACACACAUGGGUGAGGGAGGCUCAGCAGCUAUUUCUCCGUUGACCCCUGGUGAUCUUCUCAUUGCUCUGCACAACAUAGACUCUACGAAAUGUGACAUGAAGUCAAUAAUCAAAGCUACAAACCUGUGCUUUGCGGAGAGGAAUGUGUACACGUCAGAGGUCCUUGCUGUUGUGAUGCAGCAGCUGAUGGAACAGAGCCCACUGCCGAUGCUGCUAAUGAGAACAGUCAUUCAGUCCCUCACCAUGUAUCCACGUCUUGGGGGUUUUGUUAUGAACAUCCUGUCCCGCCUCAUAAUGAAGCAGGUUUGGAAGUAUCCCAAGGUGUGGGAAGGCUUCAUUAAGUGCUGCCAACGAACAAAGCCUCAGUCUUUCCAGGUGCUGUUGCAGCUUCCACCCACCCAACUCGCCAACGUUUUCGAGAAAUGCCCAGAACUCCGAGAACCACUCCUGACACAUGUGCGUUCUUUCACACCACAUCAGCAAAAUCACAUUCCAAAAUCCAUAAUGAUUGUGCUGGAGGCCAAUUCGAAGUCAGAAGUGGAACCAAUGGAAGCUAAACCCAUAAAUGAGGAAGAGCUGCAGCACCUGACCGUUGCUCACACGCAGAAGGAUAUGAUCACUAUGCGCCUGGCUCAAGAAAAAGCCCUCAAGAGGAAGCUGGAGGAAGAGCAGAAGUUCAAGCAGAUGGCAGCCCAAUUACACCCCCAUCAUGCUGCCCUCACUCCACCAAAGCUUGGAGUUUUGAAGUCCCCUGGACAGACUGCCUCCACCUCCCCAAGCCUGAAGCCUCCCACCCAAGCUCCGAGCCCUGCUGUACAGGUUCCAUCAAGCUCCCCUAUCCAGAGUGUGCCAAAUGCCCCUGCUCAGGCUCCUCCAGACUCUUCCAGUAAGCCUGCUGCCAGCCCACCUGUAGAGACCUCCCAAGCCCCUGCCAGCCAGCCUGCUGUCAGCCCUGUGGUAGAGAUGGCCCCGAACACGGUCGACCAGGCUGUGCGUGCUCCGCCCAGUCUGGUGGCUGCGUCCUCCACAGUGCCACCAAAGGACGAGCCGAUGGAAGUUGGCGACAGUGUCAGUGAUCCUGAAGGUAUUGGAGACACCUCACAACCGACGAUCAUCAUAAACGUGAAGGAGGAAGAGGAGAGGCCGAUGGCGUUGGAUGAACCAUCCCAGGGAGUAGUUGUCAUGGAGACUGGACGUGAAGGACAGAUUGUACUCAAGGAUCCAAAAGCCAGCGAACAAACCGGUCAACAGCCACUGCUCCACGAAGUGGGACAGCUGGUAGCACCAGAUGUCACGGAGCAGGUGAUCCUGGUCCGCGAUGACCCACCGGUGGCAGAGGAGGAGCCAACGUCCGGCGGCGGGCAAUCAGCCAGCCUCCCAGAACAGGCAAACGGGCAGGGCUUGUCCAGUGCGGCUCUUGAGAAGAAUGGCGAGGGGGCUGAGAAGAGCCAGGCAGCAGGAGACAGCGAUCAACAGCCCAUCACCAAACGCAAAUCUGCUGUGAGGAAAAUCAGUUAAGAGCGAUUCGUGGUACAUAUCCAUGUUAUGCAAGCUGAUUAUUAACAAAAUACAAGCUUAAAAGGACAAAUAAAAGUUUCACACUUCAAAGGAAAGUGAAAGAUGUAGUUUGUCACUGAACUUUCCUGUUCCAGGAGUUGUGCCAGGGAUCUGAUUUGAUUUUUAUUUUUUUAAAGUCCAGUUAGGUCCAUAUUGGGCUGUAAUUGAAUAACCAGUCACUGUUUAGAUAGUAAUGGUUGAAGAAAGAGCAGUGGUUGGAUACCUUGCUCUUCUUUGACCAGUAGCUCCAGUACACAUCAGUUGUGCUAGCUCUCUGUAUUGUCAUUUCCAACUGUCGGACGUGCCCAGAAUUGGGAUUGAACCCACAUCUUUUACUUCACUCUGCCCAGCUGCUGAACUCAAGUUCCCGAUAUUAUCCAAGCAUGCCAAGCAGAUUCUGAACACUGGUAAUAUCCAACUCAUCCCAUUUUCUGGCACCUCAUGUAAAGCGCCACUGAUGUGAUGGGGGAGAAGGAAGACUACCUAUUCUACUUGUAUUUAUGCAACAAAGAAAGUGGAGCCUACCUUGGAAUCGGAGAUGAAUUUGGAAGGAGCUGUCUUCAGAAUUCCUUAUGUUUACUGUGUGUUCAGAGACUUGAACUUAUUUCUUAAGCAAUUGCACCAAUGUAAUAGACUUAAUUUCAUUCUGAUUGAUGUUCAUUUGGCAAAACCUGUUCAUAUUUCCUUUGAAAUUCUACAAAGAAUGUUUUUUUAUUUCGAAGUGUUUUAAGUAUGGCUCUUUGA